GGGUGGGGGUCCGGAUUACCUCAGCGGAGGUCUCUCUUCCUCUCUCCAGCCCUUUCUCCCUUUGCCUUGAGAUGAGGGCACAAGGGAACAUGGCAGCCUUUAGGGCCUUGGGACUGGUCGCGCCAGGCGGCCUAAGGUUCUUGCCUGCAUCCGAAGCCGAAAAGAGCAGCGCGGCAGGCAGCCGCUGCAGGAGGCGGAGCCAGACGUUGACCGGCGAGCAUCACAACAGAGAGAGGCACAUUAUCUGGGAGCCUGAUAGAGCUGCCCCCCACCCCCACCUUCACCUUCGCCUUCUCUCAUAUUUUUCCCCAUCGUCCAACCCGUCCCCCGCCCCGGUUUCCCUCGGCGAUCAACCCCCAUCCGUUGUUGUAGCGCUCCAUGCAUCCCUUUUCUGUUUUGAUUGUCUAAAAAGGUGUGUGAGAUUCCUAGGCGGGGAGACCGGGUCGCCAUGGAGUACAUCAGAAUGCCCAAGAGUGAGGACGGACAUGCUAACAAAAUGGCAGUGAGGAAUGGAAGGCGAGCCUCAACAAGAACCAGUGGAAAAUGUCCGCUUAAUUGAUGGAUUAUCUUGCAAAAGAGCUGCAUCAGGGACUCUGUACCUAACAGCAACUCAUGUCAUCUUUGUAGAAAAUGAAUCAGAUGCUCGUAAAGAGACAUGGAUUCUCCACAGUCAAAUCUCCUCUAUUGAGAAACAGGCAACAACAGCUACUGGUUGUCCAUUGCUGAUUCGUUGCAAGAAUUUCCAGAACAUUCAAUUCAUCCUGCCUCAGGAGAGAAAUUGCCAUGAUGUUUACAUAUCUUUAAUACGUUUGGCACGCCCAGUGAAAUACGAAGAGCUGUAUUGUUUUUCCUUCAACCCAAAAUUAAACAAAGAGGAACGAGAAGAAGGCUGGAAUCUGAUAAACUUGAAGAAAGAGUAUAAUCGGAUGGGGGUUCCAAAUAAUUACUGGCAGAUCAGUGAUGUCAACAGAGAUUACCGAGUAUGUGACUCGUAUCCCAUUGAAGUAUAUGUCCCGAAAUCAGCUACUGCCCACAUCAUUGUGGGAAGCUCUAAAUUCCGCAGCAGGAGGCGUUUCCCUGCACUUUCCUAUUACUACAAGCAAAAUAAUGCCUCCAUAUGCCGGAGUAGCCAGCCUCUGUCAGGCUUCAGUGCCCGAUGCCUCGAAGAUGAACAGAUGCUACAGGCAAUCCGAAAGGCAAAUCCGGGAAGUGAUUUCAUUUAUGUUGUUGAUACACGUCCCAAACUCAACGCAAUGGCAAACAGAGCAGCUGGGAAGGGCUAUGAGAAUGAGGACAAUUACUCCAACAUAAAGUUUCAGUUCAUAGGGAUUGAGAACAUCCAUGUAAUGCGGAGCAGUCUCCAAAAAAUGCUAGAAGUUUGCGAGCUGAGAUCUCCUUCGAUGAGUGACUUCCUCUGGGGACUAGAGAAUUCAGGCUGGCUGAAGCACAUCAAAGCCAUAAUGGAUGCAGGCAUCUUUAUUGCAAAGGCUAUUGCUGAAGAAGGAGUGAGCGUUCUUGUUCACUGUUCUGAUGGGUGGGACCGGACAGCUCAGGUUUGCUCUGUGGCGAGCCUUCUGCUAGAUCCGUAUUACCGUACUAUGAAAGGGUUUAUGGUAUUAAUUGAUAAAGACUGGGUUUCAUUUGGUCAUAAAUUUAAUCACAGGUAUGGCAAUCUGGAUGGAGACCCAAAAGAGAUAUCUCCAGUCAUUGAUCAAUUCAUUGAGUGUGUUUGGCAACUUAUGGAACAAUUUCCUUGUGCCUUUGAAUUCAAUGAAAGGUUCCUGAUCCACAUACAACAUCAUGUCUAUUCCUGCCAGUUUGGGAACUUCCUGUGCAACAAUCAGAAGGAAAGAAGUGAGCUGAAGGUUCAAGAACGGACAUAUUCACUUUGGGCUCACUUGUGGAAAAAUCGAGCUGAUUAUGUGAACCCUCUGUACAGAGAAGACUAUAACAGAACCCUACAUCCCCAGUCCACUCCCUGCCAUUUUAUCUACAAGUUCUGGUGUGGAAUGUACAACCGCUUUGAAAAAGGACUGCAUCCUCGCCAGUCUGUUACUGACUACCUGAUGGCAGUCAAAGAAGAAACACAGCAGAUGGAAGAAGAGCUAGUAAUCCUGGAAGAGAGACUGGCAAAGCUUACAAAAUUCCAAUUAAAUAAUGGCGAGGCAAAACCAAAACAACAGAAUGGAAGCAAUGACUUUGGACACACUACAUCUAACGACAGCAUAGCCAACACUCCCCAGGAUUAUACAGGCAACCUGAAAUCUUUCCCUUCUCGAAGUCCUUCACAGGGAGAUGAAGAAGACUCUGCUCUGAUUCUUACACAAGAUAACCUGAAAAGCUCAGAUCCUGAUCUUUCGGCCAACAGUGAUCAGGAAUCUGGGGUAGAGGAUAUGAGCUGUAGGUCCCCAAAUGGAAGGGGAUGUUUGCUCAGCAAGGGUAACAUGAAAGACUGUGAUUUGGAUGAAGCUGUUUGUCUCACCGUCUGAAACAUCUGCUGGUCAGUUGGUGAUAAAAGACUGUCCGUGAAAAAAGUCCAAAGAAAGGAAGCUGUGCACUUAAAAAGUCCAGAUGUAAUCUCAUUGUAAGCAAGAAUGUUAAAUGGGAAGAAAUAUCUCGUUCAUUUAUUUAAUUGAUCAUACAUAUCCUAAUUGAUUUGUUUCAUCUGCCAUCAUUAGUUUACAGGACCUUAUAGCAUGCACAUUUUACAUUUAGCAUAUACAGUAUGUAUUUAUUGAUACAUACUUAGUUAGCCAAUCUACUACCUUUACAAAGACACUUCGAAAUAAUUUAUUUGUGUAAACCAUGAAAAAAGGAAACAAACUCUAAAACCAAGAUACUUCUUGCUCCCCAAUAUGAAAAUUAAAAAAAUGGUAGAAGUAAAUGAUUAGAACAGACUUUCCUCCUUGUUUUGAAGACAGUUGUUGAAAAACGUAGACCUUGCCAUUUGUGUAUUUAAAAUAUUUCUGGAAAAAGGAGAAGUUCAUUAAUUUAAGAUAAAUAUUGAACACAUUCAGAAAAUUAAUAAAAUCAGCUUCCAAGGUAUAGUAAAUUAAUUUACUCUGUAUAUGAGUGUGAGUAGGACCAUAGGGCACUUCUAUAUUACUGUAUCAGCAUGCCUCCAUUUUAUACCAGUUUUAGAUCUCAAUUUAAAUUUCCCCCAAUUAAAUACUGUAACAGAUGGAUAAAUAUGGUGAUGCUCCCAGUUUCUGCAUUUCAAACCAUCCAUCUGCCACAGUGUGUCUGAUGGAAAUAUUUUCACAUCCCCAGAAGUUACUUGUAAUAGCCCAGACAUACAGUCAGUCAUUGCCAUGAAGGGAGUACCUCUGUUUGGUUUGGGGUUCUAUAGACUAGUAGCAUUAUUUGAAAUGAGGACUCUCAAGAACUAAAGUGUCUCUUCAGGAAGUGCUUUACUUUAAAAUAGUAUACCAAAACGCACACUUUGAACUGCAUAGCACACUGUCACAAAAUUUAGCAAGUUCCUAAAGUGCCGUUCCCAAAACUGAAAGUGCAAAUCACACUGGAAACAAAAGCCCAAUGGAAGAGUUCUAAUCCUGUGUGUGGCUAGAAUUAUGUGACAGUGGAACCUAGAUUGCCAGCAGCCCCUCCCCCAGAAGCUGGAGGAUGUGUUUCUGUUGGAGGGAGCUUUCUGUGUUGCUGCAGGAUCCUUGCAUGAUUGAGAAUCCUCGGACAUCUGAACUCUCCAGGACAAUGCUACACAAGUAGAUUGGCCUCUACUUCAUCCACCCUCCAACUCAAGGAAGGCAACAGGAAUGGUGACAGAGAGUGCAGUGCUAACAUCCUUGUUCUGCCCUGCUUCAUGGAAGUUCAACAUGGGGGAGACGACCAUUGUAAACAGGGCUACAGGGAAUGUGGUGUAGUUGUUCAAAAGUACUGGAUUGGAAUCUGAAUGAUCUACAGUCCAUUUGCUACUCAGUCAUGAGCCCACUUGGGUGACCUUGGGCCAGUCAUCUAACCUACUUCAUUUUGUAAGGAUAAUUGGAGUGGGUAAAAAGUUGUGUUUCCUGCCUUAAUUUUGUUGAAUAAAGGGUGAAAUAUAUUUGAUUAAAAUGCAGUUACAGGCAAGUCAGGAGGUUCUUGUAAAGGAAACCUAUCCGUUGUCCAUUUCCCCCAUAUUUAUGUUUCUUUUUUCUCAUGAGUUUGCAAGAGAUCAUAGACCAAAAUAUCUUUUGAUCACUGCUUUUACCAAAUAUACGAUUUUUCAAGUCCAAGUCACAAUCCAAGCAUAUGUCCUUCUGUUUGAAAUUUCAUGUCUCUUUCUUUGGAUCGUAUAUAACUUUUUAGAACUGGAGAAGUUUUUCAGUUUUCAUGAAAUUAUUGUUAGCUAACCAGCAUCCUCCAGUGACUUCCAUUUUAAUGUAAGCGAUUGUUACUUCUCCUGAGUUUAGAUGGAUAAAAUGUCUCAUCUUACCAGCAAAUGCUGAACUGGCACAAAAUAGCUAGCUAAAAAAGGACAAGGUAAAAAAAGCAGAAACAGAAGGUCAGGGUUAAUAAGAAAUUUGCUUGAGAGUCGGAAAGUGAAUGAAACUGAAUCAGACUUUAUUUCAGUGGGUGAAAACCAAUUUAUGGAAUGCAUCCAUGAGAAAUAAUGGCAAGAGGGUGGUUUCCAUCUUCCUGCUACUUCCCCAUGUUUUCUGUUGGGGCAUUCCAUGCUUUAGUAUAGCAUGCGAGGUUGUAGGAGGCAGUGCAACCACCUAAAAAUACUCCCUACCCCUUCUGAGGAUGGAUGCAGUCCAUCAGUGGGGCAACAUCAGUUGGAUACUAUCUGCUAUCCAUGUCACAGGAGCAUGGGGGCACCCUCACAUCUGCUGUGGGUUAUACCAGUCUUUCUUGGUAAAAUCGUAAGUCACCAAGAGAUAAAUUAUCUUGUCUUCUCCACCUCCCCCAGUUUGUGGUGGGCACACCUCAUUUAUAAAAGAAUCAUGUCUACUGAAAGUGUGCUUUUGGUGUUUUGCAGUGAGAGCGAAGAGUUCCAAGGGUCACAAAAACACCCUUCAAAAUGCACGUUUUUGUGAUUUCAGACCAAACAAAUGCACUCUUAACUCUUCUUCUUUUAAAAGCAUACUCUUUAUUGAAUCAGUUCCCCCUUUCAGACUCUCCACUUCAUAUACAGAGCUUCCUUUCAUGGAAGUACUGUUGUGACUACUUGAUGUAACACGAUCAUCACUUUGUCACAUCCGGAUAUAAAGCAGUGCUAUGUAUAGUUCUGCCAUCCACAUAUUGGUGGAGGAAGCAAGAAAUGUAUAGAAUGUGGUUUACUUAAGGUUCGGCCUGUGUACUGAAGGAGAAUGGAAUGAGGUGGCAUGGUCAUAUCUUGGAAAGGAUUGUGAUAUACUUUCUAGAGAAAAGUGUGUGGUGCAAGUCUAUCCCAUAGCACAGAAACUGAGAGAUGGGGACCUGUUAGCCUCUUUAUGUUCUUCCACAGGCACAUGGCCUCUCACUGGCCCCACUCUGGGUAUUGAUAAUAUUUCCUUAGUCUUACCCUGGACGGAGUGUAAUUAUUUUGCUAAGUUGUGGAAGGAAUUUGUUCUUAGUGCAUGCUGAAUAAGAGUCUAAUUAUUGAGACUUUGGCCAAGCCCACUGCUGGAAUAUGGACCCCAACGAAUUUCAACUGAAGUAAUGCAAAGCUUAACUAGAAAAAGGUUCUUCAUCCCCACAGGAGGUUACAGAAAGAAUAAGGUUCUUCAUUCCUGGGAAGGGGUACAAAAGGGCAGAAAAUGCCACAGCAGCUCCCCAGCAGGUAAAGGAAGAGAAGAAAGAGAAUAAUGGGGAGCAGAAACCAGGAUGGGUUUGGAUUUACCUUAUUUUGGAAGAUGUGGUAUGUAACAAAACAAACCUCUCUCAGUGAUACGUUGGUAGGUAACAGACUGAAAUUUCAGUGGCCAUUCAGGAAGGUUUUGGAAAAGCAGCAAGAGGGAUGUGAGCCCAGAAAUGCCUGCAUCUGAGGGGACAAGGUGUACAGAAGCAACUUAUGCCUAUAAAUGCCUUUUGCUGGAUUACAGUGCAUGCAUUCAUAGCUCUCCACUACAUGUAUUACUGGGAAUGUUAAAAGCACUGCUGUUCAGAAUUUUAGGAUCCUUAUCCUUCAGAUAGAGCUUUCAAUUUCAGUUGGAAACAUACCCUUAGCAUUUUACAAAUCGGCACCAAGUCUGCUUUGUACAUGAUGCUAUUGUACAUCAGACUGCAUGUAUCAGUGCAACAGACUGUGGCAUCAAUGCAUUAUCAUAGAAGGCACUCUUUCAGAGGGACGUUAGGAUUUAAGUAUACCCUGAUAUUUCCUGGUUUCUCUACAGAGGUUUACACUGCACUUGCUAACUAUCUUGUAGAAACAGCACACCUUGGGUGAGGCGUCUUCUAUAUAAAUCUAGUUCAACACGUUAACUGAAGGAUAUGUACUGGAUUCUAAUUUUCGCCAGCAAGAAGAAAAAUGACAUCAUCACCCUAGCCGAGUCUGCCAUUUUUUUUUUGGCAAUUUCUUUAUAUAAUUGCUGCUGUCCACUUGUUGUAGAAAAAUAAAAUAAAAUAAAGGUCUUUAUUUGGUUUGGAGGCAAAGUGUGCCACCACCUGGCAUGCUCCAAACAUUGGUGAAACAUGUCCAUGAACACGCCACUGCCAUAAUUUAUGGAGUAAAUUACACUGCUGUAAUUUAUGGAGAAUGCCUCUUGAAACUCCAUAUAAAUGUCAUUUUUAUAUGAAACUAUGUGUCUCAUUUUAAUUUAAUUUACAUUUUUAAAAAUUUAACAGCCAGAUUUUAAUAGUACAAAUGCGUUCAAACUUUAGAAAUAUAGCCAGUAGUGUAUACAGCACCCAACAUACCUUCUGAAUUUGUUUUCUGGAGAAAAAAGAAUGCUAGGAAAACUUAGAUCAAUGAGAAAACUGUGAUAUGAGAGAGACUUCUAUGUAAGGUAUCAGUGGAUUAUCUUUAGGUAAAAAUUUCUGGCAAUCAAAUUUAUACAAAUGUAACACUAUACUGUACACUAUAUUAUACUGUCUGCACUUUUGAAAAUCUAGGAAUCAAACCUGGAAAAUGUUUAGCAAAAUUUGUGCACUGUGUUUGAGACUUCUAGCUUUAUUGAUCAAUUCCUGGCAGUUUCACUUGGAGUGCCAUCCUCUUUGGUUUAGAUGUUACAGUUUGUACUGUAUUAUACAAUGUUGUAAUACCUGAAUGAAAGAGUAUUUAAAUAAAGGUAGAGGAUAUACACUGUGUUGUUCAUUUCAGGAUUAUAAUUGCAGAAAAUAUUAAAAUAUUAAAAAUAUUCACCUUACAGUCAGCACUAACUGUUGGAUUAGAGGGGCUCACUAUUCACUUGGGGAUACACAGAGCAAAACCCAUUUUCAUGUGCUUAGCAUUCCAACUAGUCCUAAACAGCCUGGCUAACAAAAUGGGAUGAAAGAUGAUGCAGCUGGAUAACACUGAGAGGUAACAUUCUCUAGCACUGUCCUAAACCAUCCAAAAUAUUAAAGGAUAAAAGUGUGCAUAUAUGCACUCCAGAGCAUACUUUGUGCAAGACACAAAGGAGUCUGAUAUGCAAUUACAUAUAAAACAGCAUGAUUUGAGCCCCUAUUCAGGCACUGUGAAUCUGGUUUCUUCAGAAUGUUUACAGUACAGCAUCUAGCUCUGCCUCCUUCUGCUAUCAUUUUCUUGACAAGAUACUGGAAUCUUGAAAGCAAGAACACAUGAACCCUGGAAAAUCUGGGUUCACACUUGUACAUAGAUCCUAUAUGUGAGUGGGAACGGCUCUUUUUCAGACUCCUCUGUCAUCAAAUAAAAAAAGAAAUGAUGGACAGAGGUGAGGCCAAGUACUCCCCUUUAAGUGUUCUGAAGAACUGGAUUCGGUAAUACAGUGGUGCCUCGCAUUACGAUGUUAAUUCGUUCCAGCGAAAUCGCUGUAAAAUGA